AUGGAAAUCCAGCCCGCCGCCGAGCCCAACCGCAGCUCCAAGCCCUUCGGCGCCGCGGACGCGUGGCACGUGUCCAAGAAGCUCGCGUGGCACACCGGCAAGGCUGCGUGGCAGUUCGGCACCUCCUUCCUCAUCCUCGUGGUGCCCCUCGUGAUCCAGCUGCACAGGGAGGAACAGAUGAUGGCCCUCGAGCAGGAGCAGAUGGGCGUGCUCCAGUCCCCCACCGGUAACGCCGAGCCCACGCCCACCGCGUGA